CAUACAAAUCGGUCAAAUAUCCCCGUCCCAACAACAGCUCACAAAUUCAUUCGCCAUGUUAAGGACAACCGCUAGCCACAGCAUUCGGGCAGCCAAAAGCCAAUUCCAUACGUCGGCUCGAAUCGCUGCCGCCUCCAUCUUCCGCAUGCCUGCCAUGUCUCCCACCAUGACGGAAGGUGGCAUCACCGCCUGGAAAGUCAAGCCCGGCGAAUCUUUCGCUGCUGGAGAUGUUUUAAUUGAAAUUGAAACUGAUAAGGCCACAAUCGAUGUGGAAGCCCAGGACGAUGGAAUUUUGUGGGAGAUUCUUGCUAACAACGGUGACUCCGGGAUCCCAGUGGGGAAGCCUAUUGCCUAUUUGGCAGAACCUAAUGACGACUUGGCUACUCUUGAAAAACCACCUGCGGAGGAAGAACCCACCAGAGAAGCAAUAACCCCCGAGGCCUCCAAGCCUUCUCCCUCUAAGCUGGAACCAGCUCCCGCCAAGUCAGCCCCAGUACCUUCGUCUGGUUCUGUAAUCACUAAAGCCAACCCCAACCAAAAGCUCUUCCCAUCGGUUGAACUAUUGCUCCACAAACACCAUAUUUCUCCUGAAGAUGCCUUCGCUAAGAUAGAGGCCUCGGGACCUAACGGUCGUCUUUUGAAGGGAGAUGUGUUGGCGUACUUGGGAGAAAUCCAAAAAGACUCGGUGGUAUCGGUCGCCAACUUCAUCCAUGAGAAACAACACUUGGACUUGUCAAACAUCGUGUUGAAAGAACCUGAAGCUUCCAAACCCGCUGAAAAGGCUGCUGAUAAGCCCGCAGAGCCUGUCAAGCCAAAGAACAUCUUGACAUUGAAAGUAUCUGCUCCUUUAGAUGUGCCAAACGAUCAAUUCCGUUAUGCAUUUGAAAACUCCAUUCAUAGCGCUAUCACCAGGACGUAUGCCGCUCGGUUCCCCGAAUUCGCCACGUCUCCUUCAGGUCUGUCCAUCAUACUGAAUGCAGACGACAUUUUCGACGACUUAUUGGCUGCUCCUCCCACCAAAUCGAGAUUCCAGGUCUACGACAUCUCCUACAAAUUCCCAACCUCAAACCUCAACAGGUUGUUUGCACCAAUUGACGCUUUCGAUGACUUAAUGUCUACUCCAGGCAAAGAGGUGAACUCCGGCUCCGGCUCAGGCUCCGGCGUGGUUGAUGUCGAGUUCAAGGUGAAGUUUGACGACAAAUUGACUGAUUCAGUGGAGUUCGUCGAGUACUUCCAAAACAGCUUAUUGGAACAAAUUCCCAGCAAAAGCUUAAACGUGGUUGAGUGAAUAGAAUAGAAUAAAAUACACAAACAUUGCUGGCCUAU